CCUCUCCCCACCUUCGGUGGCUGCAGGGGUGUCGCUCAGCUCCGCCUUCCCGGCCCCUCCCCGCCUCGCAGAUGGCUGUGGUGCUGCAGGGCCCGGAGCCUUGGAACCGCGUGAGAAUCCCCAAGGCGGGGAGCCACAGCACAGUGACAGUGCAGGACCCCGGCAAGGCCCUUGCCCUUUGUAUUGCAGCUGUAAUUAAAGAAUGCUCUCUUGUCACACUGUCACUGAAGAGCCAAACCUUAGAUGCAGAAACAGAUGUGUUAUGUGCAGUCCUUUACAGCAAUCACAACAGAAUGGGCCGCCACAAACCUCAUUUGGCCCUGAAACAGGUUGAACAAUGUUUAAAACGUUUGAAAAACAUGAAUUUGGAGGGUUCAAUUCAAGAUCUGUCUGAGUUAUUUUCUUCCAGUGGAAAUCAGCCUUUAACUACCAAAGUGUGUGUUAUCCCCAGCCAACCAGUGGUGGAAUUGGUGCUGAUGAAGAUUUUGGGAGCCUGUAAACUGUUACUUCGCUUGUUGGACUGUUGCUGCAAGACUUUUCUCCUGACUGUGAAACACCUAGGUUUGCAAGAAUUCAUUAUUUUAAACCUUGUGAUGGUUGGGUUGGUGAGCAGAUUGUGGGUUUUCUAUAAAGGUGUUUUAAAAAGGCUGAUUUAUUUAUAUGAGCCAUUGUUUGGAUUGCUUCAAGAGGUCUCUAGGAUUCAACCAUUGCCUUACUUCAAAGAUUUUACCUUUCCUUCUGAUAUUGUUGAAUUUUUAGGACAGCCCUAUUUUGAGGUCUUUAAGAAAAAAAUGCCUGCAGCUUUUGCAGCUAAAGGAGUAACUAAAUUGCUGAAUAAACUGUUCUUAACAAAAGAGCAGUCGCUAAGGUGCAGUGAAGAAACUUUACUUAGAAUUUCCAAAAGAGCAACACAAAUGAAGAUCAAUCUACAGAACAUUGUAGAUCUUGGAGAGCCAGUAAAGAAUAAGAAAAUCUUCAAAGAAAAGUCAUCAGGAUUUGAUGUGAGGGCCUUCUGCAAACAGCUGAAACACAAAGCUAUUCAGGAGGCCAGCUCUGAGCUUAAAUGUCCUCAAUCCCACCUAAAGGCAACCGAACAUUCUUCUGAGAAAGUGAUAGGAACUCCUUGUGCCAAAAGUUUUGUGCAAAGAUUCCAAGAGGCUGAGACUUUCCUACAACUUUCUGAAGAAAUCCAAAUGGCGAUUUUAUGGUGCAGGAGCAAAAAACUCAAGGCCCAGGCUUCCUUUCUGGGCAACAAACUUCUUAAAAGUAACCGCCUUAAACAUGUGGAAGCUCAAGGUUAUAGUUUGCCCAAGAAACUAGAGUGCAUAAAAACAUCUAUUUGCAACUGCCUUCGUGGCUCAAGUAGCAAAACUUCAAAGCAUCAUCUGAGACUGAUAAAAUCACAGAAUAAAUUUUUACAGAGACAGAGAAAACCACAGAGAAAGUUGCAGUCAAUUCUUCUAAAGGAAGUUCAGCAGUCCUCCCAAGGGACUCAGACUUUUACAGAUCCCAGCAAACGGAGACUCUCACACUGUACAGAUCAUAGGAGUAAUCUCUACCCUAACAGUAAGCAACUCUUGAGUAGCAGUGCUUCAAAUCCUGUGUUACAAACUAAGGAGAAACAAAAUCAUGAAAAUCUAAAAUGGAGCAAUGAAAAUGAAACUGACCCACGGACAAUGAUACAAAUAAAUGAAAAUAUACCAGGAAUCAUUAAGGAGACAGAUGAUAUUGAUGAUAUUUUUGCUUUAGUGGGACUUUAGAUACUGAUAUGUGAGACUUUUAAAUGAUCAGCAAACUAGCCCAGUGUUCUAUUUUAAGUGAAACUCUUGAGACCUGCACAGAUCUGAAUGCACCACAUGGACUCAGAGAAGAAGUGAUUUAGUGCAAUGUUGUAUAGAUCAUUUCAAUUCAAUAAACAUUUAUAGUAGCUUUGUGUCAUUUAAUCAUUUAACUACUACUAAAUAGUCAUAUCUGACUUGGACUUAAUGGCAGGUGUUAAUGAAAAAUCUACCAUAUCCUGCCCUUCAAAAGCAGGUGUAAUUUCCUUUCCUGACUAGAGAACUGAAUAAUUUUAUGACUUACCAGGGAAUUAAGACCUGAAUAAUUAGGUUUACAAAAACCUACCUUAAGCCUUAAGAUAAG